AUGACAGACCUCUCAGCGCGACUGAAGCCCCUGUUCCGCCGGAGUUCUACCUUCUCCUCCACUAAAUCUUCGGCUUCAGGCUCAUCCACCACCAGCGACGCUCUCGGUGACGGCCACACCUGGAGUAAAGGCUCGUUCCGGCUCUCCAAAAAUCGGAAACCUUCCUUGCCUAUAUCGGUUUUCGAAGAGAACGAGCCUCUGCCACAACCACCUGGUGCACUGCCUUUAACGCCAACAGAAAAACCGAGGUUUACGAGGAGGAAUAAAAAAGAAACGCCAGAUACAAGCCCUGAAACACCGCGGUCGCCGCCAUUGGAAAAGCAGAACCCUACAUUGACGGUCGAGGCACCUACGCCGAAACUGGGAACGCGAUUAGGAAAAACACCUCAGGAGGAGUCAUCUCCACGAGACUCAGGGCACUUGGCUGGGACAGAUGCGGGGACUACAAUUGGCUCUCAGCGCCCAGGCAUAGCACACAGGAGAAAGUCUCUUACACAUCAAGAACAGUCAAAGGAUAUAUCGAGUCUGUUGGGAUCCCAAAGCCCAGCGUUACAGCCUACGAAAACAGAUUUUUUUGGAGGCAUUUCGGUCAGUGCCGAUAUGGUACCUAAGAAGAUAUGGGUGAAGAGGCCUGGCUCUUCUGCAACACAGGUCGCCAUCAAGGAAGAUGAUCUAGUGGAUGAUGUGAGGGAUACGAUACUGAGGAAGUACAGCAACUCCUUGGGGCGCAACUUCGAUCCACCAGAUGUUACGCUACGCAUAGUGUACCGGAAGCAGUCGGCUAGGCAUUCCAACAGUGAGCGCACGCUUGGUCCUGAAGAAUCCAUGCUGAAACUUAUCGAAAUUCAUUAUCCUGGUGGUCAAUCAGUUGAGGAGGCUCUGAUGAUUGACGUCCCAAAACGGCAGACACCAAGACAUUCACCACGGAUGGCUAUGCAAUACUAUCUACCCGAGGAUCUCAGACCACACGAGAAUGGCACGGAUUACUUCCCGCCUAUGCCGUCAGCAGCGCAACACUCGCCUCAUCUUCCAACCAGCCUCUCCGUCUCCAGCGCACAAGGAGGCUCUCAUCACCCACCAGCACAUUCAAUGGCUAUCUUGACUACUGGACAACUUCCAAACUUACCAUCCCCCGGCGGUAGAGCCCGGCAUUCUCAAAAUAAUAGACCCAGAUACGGACGACAGCAUACCUCCUCUCCCACCGUCGUACAGACAGCAUCCAUAGCUCUCAAUCAUGAAAACCUGAAAGCCUCUCAACAGCCGAUGCCCACACCGCCAAUUCCAGAGGAAAUGACACCCCACAAAACUGCCACGCCGCCGCCCCGAGCCGCCUCCCCUCGUCCCAAACCCAACAACAACAAACGCACCAAAAAGCCGGUCGACCAAGCCCCACAACCCGCAAACACCACAGUGCCUCCCAUCAACGUCCUCAUAGUGGAAGAUAAUAUUAUCAAUCUCCGUCUCCUGGAAGCCUUCAUGAAGCGUCUAAAAGUGCGCUGGAGCACGGCCAUGAACGGCAGAGAUGCUGUCACGAAGUGGCGCGAGGGUGGAUAUCAUUUGGUGCUGAUGGACAUUCAACUGCCAGUCAUGAAUGGGCUGGAUGCGACGAAAGAGAUCAGGCGGUUGGAGCGCGUCAACAGCAUUGGCGUCUUCUCGAACAGCGCAUCAAGCACCCCUACCUUUCCGAAGGGUGCAGGCAUUGAUGGGACUUUCGGAGGUGAAGAUAGCUUGAUGAAUACGGCAUUGUUCAAGAGCCCGGUCAUCAUCGUCGCUCUGACGGCCAGUUCGCUGCAGAGUGACAGGCAUGAAGCCCUAGCGGCGGGGUGCAACGACUUCUUAACCAAGCCUGUGAACUUUGAAUGGCUCACGCGCAAAGUGAUGGAAUGGGGCUGCAUGCAAGCGCUCAUCGACUUCGAUGGCUGGCGCAAAUGGAAAGACUUUAGCCAAACGAAGCCAGCGGAUGCGGAGAAGAAGGGUAUUGGUGCAAACAACAGCAAGUCUCCAAAAGCAGCGCUGAAUGGGAAGGCACAAAGUACGCCGAAAAGGGAUCGCAUGACGAGCUUGGGAUUGGGAGGGAAACAGAACACAGGAAGCGACGGGACAGGAACGGAUACGCUUUCGAAUGGCGACUCAGGUAGUGGGCAAUGA